GGAGUUGGAGCGCAGACAGGGCGAGGCCGGCGGUCGGGGAGUUCAGGUGCGGGUCCCAGCGGCAGGCUGGCGGCGCGGACUCGAGAGGAGCAAGCAUGGCGCAGCGGUACGUCUGCGUGCUGGCCCUGGCGGCUGUGCUGCUCCUAGUUUUUGCCACCGUCUCCGUACCGAAGGGCCUGAGGGGCAGGGAGCAUCAGGGGACGUCGCGAAUCCCUUCUCAGUUCGGCGAAGAGGAGCGCGUGGCGAUGAAAGAGGCGCUGAAAGGUGCCAUCCAGAUUCCAACAGUGUCUUUCAGCCCUGAGGAGUCCAAUACUACAGCCCUGGCUGAGUUUGGAGAAUACAUUCGUAAAGUCUUUCCUACAGUGUUCAACACCAGCUUUAUCCAGCAUGAAACUGUGGGAGAAUACUCCCACCUGUUCACUGUCCGAGGCUCAGACACCAGCUUGCAGCCCUACAUGCUAUUGGCUCACCUUGACGUGGUACCUGCCCCUAAAGAAGGCUGGGAAGUGCCCCCGUUCUCUGGACUAGAGCACGAUGGCUUCAUCCAUGGUCGGGGCACACUGGACAACAAGAACUCUCUGAUGGCACUCCUGCAAGCCUUGGAGCUCCUGCUGAUAAGGAACUAUAUCCCCCGAAGAUCUUUCUUCAUUGCUCUGGGCCAUGAUGAGGAGGUAUCAGGGAUGAAUGGGGCUCGGAAGAUCUCAGCCCUGCUACAGGCAAGGGGCGUCCAGCUAGCCUUCAUUGUGGAUGAGGGUAGCUUUAUCUUGGAUGGUGUCAUUUCCUACGUCAAGAAGCCUUUUGCCAUGAUUUCAGUCUCAGAGAAGGGUGCAAUUGACCUCAUGCUGCGAGUAAACAUGACUCCGGGCCACUCUUCAGCUCCGCCAAAGGAGACAAGCAUUGGCAUCCUGGCGGCCGCUAUCAGCCGACUGGAGCAGACACCAAUGCCUCACAUGUUUGCAAGCGGGCCAUUAGAGACGACAGUGCAGCAACUGGCAAAUGAGUUCCCCUUCCCCAUCAAUAUAGUCCUGAGCAACCUGUGGCUAUUUCGACCCCUGGUAAGCAGGUUAAUGGAGAGAAAUUACCUAACCAAUGCACUGGUCAGGACCACCAUGGCACCCACCAUGUUCAAUGCAGGGGUCAAGGUGAAUGUCAUCCCCCCAGUGGCCCAGGCCACAAUCAACAUCCGGAUUCACCCUGCACAGACAGUCCAACAGGUCCUAGAAUUUGUCAAGGAUAUUGUGGCUGAUGACCGAAUCCAGUUGCACGUGUUGAAUGCCUUUGACCCCCUGCCCAUCAGCCCCUUUGACGACCAGGCCUUGGGUUACCAGCUGCUCAGCCAGACCAUACAGUCCGUCUUCCCGGAAAUCGAUAUUGUCACCCCAGGUAUUUGUAUUGGCAACACAGACAGCCGACACUUUAUGAACCUCACCGCUGGCAUCUACCGGUUCAACCCCCUCUACCUGCAGCCCGAGGGCUUCAGGAGCAUCCACGGAAUCAAUGAGAAAAUCUCAGUCCAAGGCUACGAGACCCAGGUGAAAUUCCUCUUUGAGUUGAUCCAGAAUGCUGACACCGAGAUGCUGCCAAUUCCUCACCUGCAUGAACUGUGAGGUCAGGGAGCAGCUGGGUUAGGGUCUGGGCCAGGAAUAACUCAAGGGGGAAAGCGAAUGUUGAUGAAACUUUGGGUCAAAACCACAUUGUGAUACGCUUCCCGCCUGCCUUGCUCACUCCUAAACUUGCCCAGCGGCAGUGCUGGGGGUAAGGUGAGGUCAGCAGAAAUCUGCCUUCUCCCUUCCUCCCAACACUGCAUCCCCUGACCAUCGGGCAUUUACUGCCUUCUUGCCCUUGUCUGUCGAAUGCUGGUUAUUUCACUGCUCCACCCUCCAGGCCUGACUUAAAUGCAGAUUUGAAAAAUCUCAA